CUACUCCUCUACUCCUCUACUCCUCUACUCCACUACUCCACUACUCCACUACUCCACUACUCCACUACUCCACUACUCCACUACCCCACUACCCCACUACCCCACUACGCCACUACGCUACGCUACGCUUACAAUACUCGCUACAUAUACUACACCUUUGACGAGAUUGUGGGUGCAAGUUUACCUGAACAUCACAAGAAUAAGUCGGUGCAUCCCGAAUGGCGGCGCCUGGAUCAGGUUCACCACAAGUACAGUUCAAGAACUCGUUCUCUGCUCUUGAAGAUAGCGAUGGGAUGGAUGAGAGUGAUGAGGAAGAAGACAGCGCAUUGGUAGACGCCUUCCGAGCAGCAGCGAAGACAUGGGAGAAUGGUAGCUGGGAGACAGGCGAUGAGGCAUAUCAGAGAUGCGUUCUACAGAAGAUGUCAACUGGGCAGAUUCUACGCGAGCUUUUCCGCCGGCUCUCUAGAAUCGACGCUGUACUAGCGUU